CUCACUGUCGAUAUAAAAGGCUCUCAGUUUCCUGGGUUCCGCUCUCGUAUCUUCUUCUCCUUAUGCCUCCUAGAUCAAGACUGUAUUAUACUGUAUUGUCAAAAUGAGAAUCUACCUCACAGAUGAAGAUGGUGCAGGAGAACCUGUCAAGCCGAAACGCACUUCAAACUGGGGUAAAAUCGCUGCCCUAGCAACACUGGGCAUCAUCAGUGUUGGAACCUGGGGUGUUAGUCAGCUUGUCAAGAGCCAGGUUGCUUCAAGCUUCAAGUCGCAGCCGGCUGAAAGCUGUCCUGUUGGUGAAACAAUACGCCCACUAUCGUUUUAUGAAGAUCGUUCUUCAACUGAUGAGAUCCUGUUCAACUACGCCUCGAGAAACAAAUCAUUGGAGAUAUUUGCCGGCGCUGUUAAGAUCUCAACAGUAGUCCAAGAUCAUAUGCCAGACCCCAACACUCACCCCGAAGCUUGGACCAACUUCACACGGUUCCACAAUCACUUGGAAAAGUCUUUCCCACUAGUUCAUAGCCGGUUGAGACUUGAAAAGGUUAACGUAUUCGGCUUACUCUACACGUGGGAGGGCUCAGAUCCAAACUUGAAGCCCUUGCUACUGACUGCGCAUCAGGAUGUUGUGCCAGUCCUCGAGCCUACUUUAAAGGACUGGAAGUAUCCACCUUUCAGCGGUCAUUUUGACGGCGAGAGAAUCUGGGGACGAGGCUCAUCAGACGAUAAGCCUCUUCUCAUUGCUGAUUUAGCUGCAGUGGAGAAGUUGCUCUCUGAAGGAUUCCAACCAAAGAGAACAAUAGUACUGUCAUUCGGGGUUGAUGAGGAACGUGGUGGUGAAUUUGGUGCUAAAUCUUUGGCUGGUGUGCUGAAUGAGCGUUAUGGAGAGGACUCCUUCUACGCUCUAGUGGACGAAGGUGUUGGUACUGUUGAGAUUGUCGAUGAUCGAGCCAUUACCGUUGUUGCUAUUGGUGAAAAGGGAUCCAUUAACUUGGAAAUUUCCCUAACCACACCUGGAGGACACUCCUCGGUGCCUCCUCCACAUACUAACAUUGGUUUGGUUUCAAAACUUAUCAGCUAUAUCGAAGAUCACCCUUUCAAAGCAAGUCUCGGUCCUAGAAACCCUGUUCUACACUACUUACAGUGCCUGGCUGAACAUACCAAUGUCUUUGACAAGCAACUGAAGAAACAUAUCUUCAAAGCAGGAUAUGAUACAAAGUCAAAUGCAGAAGUUGUCAAGUAUUUAUCUGAGGACCCUGUUACCUCUUCUUCUGUUAAAACCACACAGGCCAUUGACAUUAUCAAUGGUGGAAUCAAAUCGAAUGCAUUGCCUGAAUUUGUUUCAUUUGUUAUCAAUCACCGUAUUAACGUUGAGUCCUCGGUUAAUGAGACAAUUGAACAGGUUUUAAGCGAUAUAAAGGUCCUAUCUAAAGAGUACAACUUGGGAAUACUUUUGAAUGAUGAAGAGAUAUUACCAAAAACGGAGAAUGGUUAUUUUGUUUUAAAUGCUGGAGAAGGUCUUGAGCCUGCUAAGGUCUCUCCUAGAGAAGGUGAGGUCUGGACUAAAUUCUCAGGUUCCAUUAAACACAUUGUUGAAGACUAUAUCCAUCCAGACUUGGAGAAGCCAUCAGUCGUUGCUGGUACUCUGAUGACCGGCAAUACUGAUACACGUUACUAUUGGCCGUUGACAGAUAACAUCUACAGAUUCAUGUUUAGCACCACAGAGCUCGUCAAAACCCACAUUCACAGCGUAAAUGAAUACACCACACUAGACGACCACCUAUUUAUUCAAUUGUUUGUUUACGAGUUCAUCCAGUCAGUCAACGAGUGAUCUAGAAACGAAGGUUGAGGAGUUCAGUAUAUGGCUAAUGCUAGUUUAUGAUAAAUACUUCACAGUG